AUGCCGAGCCUACGAUGCGUGUACAACAACCAGCCAACAACUCGAAUUCCCGAGAAUUAUCUGGAGCCCGGGAUGCACAACCACAUGCAGCAGCACGACUCGUUGGUUCUGAGUAGUCACGCGCAUAGGAUACCUCAUGAGCAGUCGAUCUUUGGACAGCAGCCUUUUGAUGAGGUGCAGGAGAUGGAUCUUUUUAAUAUGGAUGUUGCGCCCAUGACUGAUGUGUCGCUGGGAUUUGUUGAUAUGGACUUUUUUGGGAUGAGUGAUGUUUCGCAUUCAAAGUCGGCUUCUACUGAUUCAACAAACUCACUUCUUCACGGUCUGUCGAGAUCACCAUCGUGGACAACUUCGAGUCUCCCUUCAACAAUGGCCAGCAGCAUCACAAACUCGCUACAUAAUCUGCCUUUGACGCAUACUAAGAGUUCAGGAAGAUCUUCAGCAGCCCAAACACGAGAACAAGAGUAUGCUGGUCCCGAAGACCAUGAGAGUCACUGGUAUGAGCCGUUCCUCAAGUGUGAGAAGUUGAAAUUCCUCGUGGACAACCUUUCUGGAGACGAUCUUCGCCUUUCCCCAGAGCAAGAAGCCAUUCGCCCACUAUUUGAGUCGUACAAGAGACUUCUUCGACAGGCUCGAAAAAACCACGAAAGCAGACUUACGAGUGAGAACUCAGGCCUGUCCCCAAGUGGCGCUCGUGGGAUGCUCCCAGCCAGAAGAACGUGCGACUCACUUGUUGAUGCGUACAUCAAGACUUUUGAGUCUGUGCUACGCAUCAUUCACGUCCCGUCUUUCCUGAGAGACUAUGAACAGUUUUGGGAAGAUUCUGCUUCGACCAUCGGGAGUACUGAUGAGACAUUCGCCUGCAAGCUACUUCUAGUAGCAGCCCUUGGAUCCAUCACUCUCGUUCCACCAGAGUCACAGCAUGAUCAGGCCACUUCAUGCCGAGAGCAGUCAAACAACUGGAUCUCCUACGUCAAAGACUGGCUCGCCCGCAAAAGCAUGAAGGGCAUGCGAGGAGAUCUAAGUAUGGCACAGAUCGCCUGCCUCUUAGCCUUGACACGUCACACGCACCACCAGGAUUCGGCCCCCAUGGGCGUAGCAUGGCUUUCCGAAGGACACGGUCUAACUCACAUGGCCGUCCAGAUAGGUUUACAUCGGGAACCAAGAGUCCGUUCACCGAAUAUGUCCGUGAAGGAAGCCGAGAUACGGAGACGGCUCUGGGCUACGAUGCUAGAGUUGUCACUACAGGUCUCUGUCGAUCAGGGACUUCCGGCUCCCAUUGCGCCUGAGAGCUAUGAUUGCGAGGUGCCAAGUAGCAUUGCGGAUGAUGAUAUGGUGCUGGGGGUUGAGUCACAGAGUGUGACUCAGUCCUCAGUUCUGACGCUGCUUGCGCAAACUCAAAGGCUGCGUUUGAGAAUACUCCAACUCGUUAACGCACCCGGUUCGUCAAAGACGUAUCAAGAAUGCCACACUCUUGCAUCCGAGCUCAAUGCGGCAUGUUCCGCCGGUGAAUCCGAGCUAGAUUCGCUGCUCAGCGAUUUUCAGAGCAGUCUUUUGGCUAGCUUCACCAAGCCGUUUGUGUUGGCACUACAUGACGCUUUUGCCGAAGAAGCAUAUGCCAAACCGGAGUACUACUAUUCACGAAGAAUGCGAAUGGAGAUCUCAGCCCAGCUACUAUCAUCCAAAGCAAACCAAGGCUCGUACUUAGCACUACUUACUCACGGAUCGGGGCAGCUUUCUCUCAUGCAGAGACAAGCUACAAUGUCUCUGUGUCUUGAUCUAAUUAGAGACUACGAAGAGGACUCAUUCCCCAACUUGGACAGUGCGUCUAGAGCGAAACUACGAGAUAUCUUGUCUAACUCAGUUGCAAUGUUCAAGCGGCGUGUAGAAGCUUCACACGGCACAGAAUCGACGGAAGAGUUUCUCUUAUUCUCAUGUGCGUUAUCUUAUAUUGAGACUAUACAGCAAAAGGAAGAAGUGAAGAAAAAGGACGAGAGAAUGUGGGAGUCAGCAAAGGAUAUUCUCAAAUUUUGCUGUGAUAAAAUAGAACAGCAGAGGCGGAGGCAGUCGCUCGCAGGGACAGACAUUUGGAUGGGCUGA